CUAAACUGACGACUUCUCUGUUCCCAGGGGUGUAUUUGAGUCUGCAUCUCGCCGGUUUCCUCCAUCGUUUGACUUGCUGAUACCAAAAAUCCUGCUGUCCAGUCAUCAUGGAACCGAGAAGGGAAGAACCCAUGGAAAAGGGCGAUGUGGUCAAAGAAGAAUACGCGCCGUCCCACGACUCCGACAUCCUCUCCAUCAACGAUGUCGCCCGAGGAGACAACUUACCAGAUAAUUAUUUCAUGAGCUGGAUGUUCAUUGGUACCCUUAUUGGUCUUUGCCUUGGGCAAAUCUCCGCCUAUAUUUUCCUGAUUCUUCCGACAAAUGUCCUAAGUUACAUAAACGCGGAUAUUGGGCCUAGCCAGAAUACCGCCUGGGUCAACAUUGCGAGAACACUGGCCGAGAGUACGAUGUUUCUGGUGUCAGGACGCCUAAGCGAUCUGUUCGGACGCCGAUGGUUCUUUAUCGGAGCCAACAUCGUCUGCUUGAUUGGUGUCAUAGUCGGAGCUUGCGCGCAGAAUAUUGACACGCUCAUCGUGGCGAGCGCAGUGUACGGCUUGGGAGAGUGCAUUCAGCUCAGCUUUGGGGUGGCCAUCGGAGAGCUCGUGAAGAACAAGCACCGCCCUGUUGUCAUGUCUUUUAUCUUUGCUACCUCAGCUCCAAUCGCCACAUUUGGGCCAAAGAUCGCUCGCGCUUUCAUCCAGCAUCCGUCCCUCGGUUGGCGUUGGACGUAUUACCUCAAUAUCAUUGUCAUUGGCUGCGCCAUUAUCCUCCUUUUCUUUUGCUACCACCCGCCAAACUUCCGCAUGCUUCACGAACACAAGUCCAAGAAGCAGCAAUUGAAGGAGCUCGAUUACGUGGGCAUGUUCCUAUGGACCGCUGGCCUGGUCAUAUUCUUGCUGGGUAUCUCUUGGGGAGGAGGAUUGUAUCCCUGGAAGUCCGCUGCGGUCAUCUGCGCGAUCGUGCUGGGUGGCGCAUGCCUUAUUGCAUUCGGCUUCUGGGAAGCCUUUGGCAAUAGCAAGUAUCCUCUCAUGCCCAUGAAGUUCUUCCGAAACCGAGGCUUCAUUUCGCUCGUUGCCUGUGCUACAGUCGCGUCCAUGUUCUACUACUCGGCAGUUCUGCUUUGGCCCGAGCAGGUAGCGACCAUGUAUACAUCUGAUAUUAACUACGCCGGUUGGCUAUCAUGUACCGUAUCCGCAGCGACAGCGCUGGGCCAGAUCUGUGCAGGUGGAAUCAUCAAGUUCGUGGGACAUACUCGAUACUGGCUAAUCCUUUCUGCUGUCGGAAUGGUGGCCUUCGUGUCGUCCUGUGCGUCGUUGACGCCGAGCACCAAAGACAUGGGCGUCGCCUUCACCAUCCUCGGGCCUUUCUUCGUCGGCUUCAUUGAAUUGGCCGCUUUAUCUCUUGCCCCCCUAUUUUGUAAAGCAGAAGAUAUCGGUCUCUCGUCCGGAAUGCUCGCGUCCAUUAGGGCGGCUGGUGGCUCUAUUGCGGUCGCGGUGUAUACCACGAUCCUGACCAACCGACUUUCCACAACGCUGCCAACUGUCGUUGGUGGCGCUGCGGUGGAUGCAGGUCUUCCUGCCUCGGAAGUUCCGCAGGUCCUGGAGGCGAUUUCGGCGGGAACGCUUGCAAAAGUCCCAGGGAUUACUGAAUCAAUCUUGGCCGCGAUAACGGAAGCCCUCCCUAAAGCCUAUAGCCAGUCUUUCAAGACUGUCUAUCUCGCUUCGUUGGGCUUUGGAGGUAUCGCCAUCAUCGGCAGUCUUCUAACAGUCGAUCCGAAAAAGCAUCUGACUGAUAAAGUCGAGAGGAGAAUGCACGGUAAGGGCAUUGGAGGGACUAUCGAGGAAACGAAAACAGCGGUGUGAUCCUAAGCUGGACAAGGGGGAGUAGUGUAUGGCCUCUACCGUAAUCCCGCAACGCACCGCCUUUGUCUUCUCCUAGUCAGGUGGAAACGGAGGAAAAGGAGGACGGCGUCUGUUUCCGCCACAGAAUUUGCCUUUGCUCAACCGUACACCUGAAGGAAUUCGGCCGCGUACUUUUAAUUUGGAC